AUUCUGAGCGAAAACUUAAGCCAUGCAGAUCUCUUCUCACCUUCUUCCUGUGCUUCUCCUCUAUCAUCUUUCUCUCUCUGGGUCCCAAAUUCGUGUGGGACCCAACCACUUCUCUGUGAAUGAGUUUUUUUUUUUUUUUUUGGUGUGAUGACCCAGUUGGACCCUUUUGUUCAAUUUGCCCAAAGUUUUCAUUUUUUUUUUGGUGGGGUGGGGGUGGUUUUGCGUGAUUCACUAUUUGCUCUCUGUUUUUGGUCUCAAGUAAAUUCUGGAUUGUGGGGUGUGGGUUUUUGAGCAAAAACGGUGGUGCCUGUAAUGCUAAUUGAUGAUUGUUGAAGUGUUUUUGGAGUGAGUUAUGUUGAGUGCUGUGGAAUGGGGAAAGGGAAGGGAAGGGUUGUUUGUUGAGUUGUGUUGAGGUUGUGCCUUGAGGGAGAAUAUUCUGUUUGUUUUGAGUAGAAAAAGGUUGUGGCUUUUGUUUGUGGAAGUUAAGGUUCAAGGAAGAGUUGUGGUGUUUGUUUGGUUCAGGAGGUUGAAAUGGGAUGAUGAUAGAAAGAUGAAGUUUUUAAAAUUCUGGAUUAGCUGUUGAGUGGUAAUAUGGGGAAUGAGGUUUUGCUUUUGAAUUGAAAAGUGAAGUGAUGUUAGGUUCAAGGAAGAAUCGGCAGAUAGGGAUUAAGGAAAGUGGGUUUUGAUAAACUAUGGAGAAAAUGAAUUAUUUUUUUAAAGUUGAGUGGGACCCAGACAAUUUGAAAUUCGGCGCUCUGGCAAUUUUCCCUCAAAAUGUUUUUCGUACAAGGAAAGAGAAUUUUGUAACUCAAUGCAGCAAGAAUAGAUGGCAGUCAAAGUUGAGGCUUAUCCAUUACUCGGUUUAGAUAACAGGAAAGAUCAAUCCCUAAAAUCUGCAAUAUAAAUCCUUCAUUUCCUGUCGUCAUAGUAAUGGAAGCGGCAGCAGUGGACCCUUAUACAACUAAUCCAGGUCCAAUUGAUGGUUCAGUACUGUAUGACCAAGACAAGCAUGUCUCUGCAGCAGUUUGGGAUGGACAGGAGCGUGGUGCCCUCAGAUGUCAUGAACAUACUUCAAAGCUUGAUCAGUGGACACUUACUCAUAAACAGGUUGAGUUGGUAGAUAAGGCUGGAUUUGGAUACUUAAGGUCAAUCCCAGCUAUUAGUCUAGACAAUCCUCUUAUCUCAGCUCUAGUUGAAAGGUGGAGAAGAGAAACAAACACAUUUCACUUGAAUGUUGGUGAAAUGACAGUAACUCUUAAAGAUGUUGCACUCUUGCUUGGGCUGGCAAUUGAUGGAGAACCUGUAAUUGGUAUUACCUAUACCGCAUGCAGUUCAGUGUGUGAAAAGUAUCUUGGUAGAUCACCAGAGUCUGGUUACACAAGUGGCGGAAUGGUGAAGCUAAGUUGGUUGAAAGAGUUCUUUUCUCGCUGUCCUGAAGAUGCUCCAUUGGAAGUGAUUGAGCAACAUACUCGUGCAUAUCUUCUUUAUCUUGUAGGUAGCACCAUAUUCUCCACAACUACAGGGAACAAAGUCCCUGUAAUGUAUCUGCCAUUAUUUGAGAAUUUUGAUAGAUGUGGGCAAUAUGCCUGGGGUGCUGCAGCAUUGUCAUUCUUGUAUCGUGCACUCGGCAAUGCCUCACUAAAAACUCAAAGUACCAUUAGUGGCUGUUUAACACUACUUCAGUGUUGGAGUUACUUUCACCUAAAUAUUGGACGACCAAAGCUCAAUCUUGAGCUGAUGCAUGAUCGAUUUCCCUUUGUGCUUAGAUGGAAAGGAAAACAAAGUGGCCCAACUGCAAAUCGUGAUGUAGUUUUCUAUCGGAAGUCUCUGGAUUCCCUAAAACCAUGUGAUGUGGAGUGGCUCCCAUACCGAAACAUGGACAGCAUGGUAAUUCCAGAAUAUAUCAAAAGCACUUUAAUUCUUGGGAGGUCAAAGACAAUGCUGAUAUGCUUUGAUAAGGCAGAACGACAUCUUCCAAAUCGAUGCUUAAGGCAAUAUGGCAUGCUUCAAUCUAUUCCAGAUGAUGUGGAGCGGUGGGAGAGGAAGAGUAGAGGAGUUGAUGGUGGCGUUGAUUUGUCAGGGAAAAUGGAAUCCGAGCUUAAUGAAUGGAUGGACCGUCAAGUGAGUAUUGUUGAUGGAGAUGAGGGUGCAGAUGAAAGUGAGUACAUGGAGUGGUAUAUGAGAAUCACUCGUAAGUUCAUCGGAAGGCCUAUAUCUCUGUCGUCUGAGUUUCAGAGAACGAACAUAAACAAAUGUUUGCAGAAUGCUGGUCUGAGGGAUAUUGCACACAUAGCGGAUACCUUUUCAACAAAAGGGCUAGAUCCACAACAAAUUGAAUCAAUAUCAAGGAUAAGAUAUAUUGCGCAUGAAUGUCUGAGAGACCAAUUUGGUGGUUUGGUCAUGGCGUCAGGGAGCCCCCAAGUUGAACUAGGAAAAAGGGUCAGAGGAAAGGAGAGGGUUAGAAGAAAAGGAGGAGCGGGUAAACGACUGCGAAAGGAUGGUGUGGUUCAAUAUAAUGCCGUUAGUGAGGAUGAACAACCUCAGUACUAUGGCACUGCUAUUGAGGUUGGCCAAUUACAUCUAAGUCAUAUUGAGAGAGAGCUGAGUCAUGCACAAUUAUGUAGUGUUGACAAUGAAGUCAGUGUUGCCCAGUUGAUUCAUGCAAAUGCUGAUGGUGAGAAUAUGCAGCUCUGUGAUCCACACAUUGAGGUUGAUGAAUCAGAUCUAGGCUAUGCAGCAGGUGAAGAAAAUAAUGAGGACCCAGAUGAUGCGGCUGCUGAAUUUAGUCCUGAAGAACUAAAGCACAGAGUUGGUGAAGAAAUAAAGCAAGAGCUUAACCAUGUGCCUGGAGAGGAAAACAUCGAGGAACUGAAUGCAGCCAAUGAGAUUCAUUUUGUGGAACCUUCAGAUAAUAUGGUGAUUGAUAAUUCACAGCUUUGUGAUGUUAGUCCCGACGAUUCAACGCUUCCAGAUGCUGCUGCUGCUGAGGUCAAUCACUCACAACUUGCUGACUCAAGUGGUGUGAUCAAUCCACAACAAAGCAGUCCAACUGACAAUCUUGUUAAUUCUCAGCUUUCUCACAUUAACCUUGAAAGUGAAUUUCUUUCUGCUAAAGGAGCAAUGGAAGUGUCUCAACAUUCUUCUAUUGAAACUCGUGAGGAUAUUUCACAGAAUGGUGAUUGUAGUGUUGCUGUAUAGGGUGAAUACCUUACAAUAUUGUAGAGAAGCAAAAUUUUUUAGGCUGACUCAAUUUAAAGGUGUGAUCCUUGUAUAAUUAUUUAUAUUCAUUUUUUGAUGCAUAGCUUGCAGCUUUUUCUAUGCUUGUGAAUUAAGGUGCAUGACAUGCAACUUAAUCGCUCAGGCAUCACCAAUACAAUACAAGAAAUGGGUGAUUAUGCAGUAUCA